UAGUGGAUGGUGGCACCGUGGCACCACCUGACGCCUCGCCGCGCACCACAACAACAUUCCUCAGCGAGCGGCAGUGAGUGCGGCACCUCCUCGCUCCUCCCCAUGACGGACUUCAUCAAAUAUAAAUAGUAGUCGUAAUCCAGAAAUGUUUGAGACUCAUCCCUGAAGAGGAAUUAUGAGAACAAAGCUGUUUUAGUGCACACUCAUCUUGGUACAAUCUUUUACAGGGACUCCUUUGUGUUAUUUAUGUGGCCAACUGUGGUGUGCCAUUUUCAACAUUUGGUGACCUUGAUGGAUGAAACACUUCAUAGCUUUCAUAGCUUAAGGAUUCCAGACAAGUGAUGGAAUUGGUAUCGUAUGGAAGGUGCUGAUGAUAAGGACCACUUCCGAGACCUGGAAUUAAUCAGAGAGAGAUGCAGCGCCAGAAACAAAAACCGAGGAAGAAAUGGAGAGGAGGCUGGGGGAACAAGACCCAUGCCAGUUUGUGUCAUAAAAGGUCACACUAAUGAUGUCACAAGUGUUGAUUUUUCUGGCCGAUCACUCCUUGCAACAGGCUCAUUAGACAAAAGUGUGCGGGUGUACAAGUGGCAGAUUGGAGACAAGUUUGUUGAAGUGAGCUAUUCUCCUCUCCUGGGACACACAUAUGGUGUUAAUUCUGUCAACUUUUCUCCAUUUGGCUCAAAGUUGGCAUCUGCUUCUAUUGAUGGGUCCACUAUUAUCUGGGAUGUAAAGAGUGGUGAGCGAUUGUGCUCCCUGCUACCUGCUAGUGAGGCUGCUGUUAGGGUCUGUGCCUUCUCUCCCAACUCUGCCUUGCUGGCGACUGGUGGGGAUGAUGACAUGGCAGGGAUCUGGGAUGUUUCUACGCUUUCACUUCUCAGGAAUGAACAUAGCCCUGAAAACUGUUUAUUGAGACGUAUGUGUGGAGACGAGUCAACUGUAACAAGUUUAAGCUUCACCCCAGAUAGUUGUUAUCUAGCUACUGGAAGCAGCGGAGGCGAACUGCGAGUGUGGGAUGCUCGCUAUGGCCAUUCUGUGCCUCUUGCAGUCAAGGCAGAAGCUCAUGAUUUAGGUGUCUCCUCAAUUCACUUUAGUCCAUCUAUUGGAAAAGAAAACACUGGUACCCUAGGAAAACAGUACCUGUUGGCAUCAGGAGGACAAGACACAGAACUGCAUUUAUGGGUUGUGGAGAUAGGAAGCCAAGUAUUGGGUGGGGACAGCACACCCUCCAUCACUCUUCACCACAGUCUGCAGGGCCACUGUGCACCAAUCAUGUCAGUACGAUUCAGUGCUAAUGGAUCAUUUCUGGCAUCUGCUUCAGGAGAUAAGACUGUCAGGCUUUGGGAUCCUAUAAAACAAAUCCCUCUGGGUGUUUUGGAGGGUCACAAGCGAUAUGUCACCUCAUGUGCCUUCAGUGAUGAUGGGGUACUGGUUGCUGCUGGGAGUGGGGACCGAGUGGUUAAUGUGUGGCGGGUAGAUGGAGCCACCACUGGUGGUCAAAGCUCCACUUCAACAACUGAUACAGUGAGAAAGCUGCAUGUCAGGUUUCCCUCACACAGACUUCGAGAAAAUACAAGGGUUAUUGACUGGAAUUGUGAGGAUGUGUGUGAGUGGUUGGUUGAACAAGGACUAGCAGAAUACUCUCACAAUUUUCGAUCUCAUGUGAUUGAUGGACGUGAAUUGCUCUCCGUUACAGAUGAUGUUCUUGAGAAUAAACUUGGUGUAGAUGCUCUUGGACAUCGAAACAAAAUUCUGCGUCUAAUUCAUAGGUGUCAAGAGAGCCAAACAAAAAAAGAAGCUUCUAAUGAACCUCCCUCUGAGUUCCUGUGCCCUAUCACACAAGAGCUGAUAUGUGAUCCAGUUCUUUGUGCAGAUGGCUUCACGUAUGAGCGAGUUGCUAUGGAGGCAUGGCUGGCUAGUGGUAAGCGCACCAGUCCAAUGACCAAUGAGAAGCUGGCUCACCUUGUUCUCACACCCAACCGAACAUUACGCACACUCAUACAGAAGUAUAGGGAGGACAACAUUUGACCCACGGGAUGCUGCAGUGGCUGGAUUGUCCCUCCUAGUGCCAUAAUAUCUAUUAAAAUCAAAGGAAUGUAUCAAGGAAGACAAAUCGUGAUCAUUAUGACAAUUUUUUUAUUUUUAUUGUUAAAUAGAGAGCAAAAUAUUCUUCAAUGUCUUAUAUUUGUGGUGUAAGUAUGCUGUUUUUAAGCAGUUAUCAGAACUAAUGACUGAAAGAUUUUAUACUGGUUUUCAUGAAUAAUGAUACAUUAUCCUGAAAAUUAUAUGCAGCUCACCUCAAAGCUUUAUUGUAUCAGGUUAUUGUAAUGGCUACUAUGGAUUUCUCUCCAUACAGCUUGCCAUCUUCCAAACAAAUGGUGUGUAUAAGACCUGAAAAAUUAUUUAGCAGGUGUUUUUCCCAAUAAGAAUUUACAGGUCACAAGUGCCAGUGUAAGUUAUAUAAUGUGCCCAGGUCUUGUGCAUAGUGGAUUUCUUAGGUAAACUUUAAAUUUAAAAAAUAAAUAAACAGGUAAAUGAAUGAAUCCAGGUGAAUAAAUUAAUUAUUUAAUAUAUAUAUAUAUAUAUAUAUAUAUAUAUAUAUAUAUAUAUAUAUAUAUAUAUAUAUAUAUAUAUAUAUAUAUAUAUAAUUGAGGUCAUUAAUUCCAUACUCGUAUAUGACUACUUUUCAUGAAAACAGAUUUUGCAGUACUGUUUUUUAUCUUCCUUGUUAUCAACUCAAUUUACAAAAGUUUUCAGUCACAAAGUAAAGUUGAGAACAAGAGUGCUGUCUUGCUUGGGAUAGAAAAUUUAACAAGAAAUUGAUUUUAAUGUUUUUAUGCUCUUUGCUCAUAUUGCAUCAAUAUAUUUACUUCUACCUUCUUUAUUUUCCUGUAUCUUUAGAUUUAUAUAUUUUUCUAGUUUGACUUGUCAAGCUUACCAUAUCAUAAUAUAGGAAAGUCUAAUUAAAAUUUUCAGUUAUUUGUUCAUAAGCAUGAGCAUCUGCAGGACUUUUUAAGGACUUGUUGACCAUCAUUCACUCUUAGGGAAAGUUAAGAUUGAAUAAUAGUAUUCAUUUCAACUCCUCAAAUUUCUUCUUUUUAUUCCUAUAUAUUAAUUCUAUGCUGGUUUUUAUUAUAAUUUAUUUAUCUAAA